UUCAGCAGUAGGAGGCAGAUAUAGAGGGACUUCUCUCGAAUAGCUGCUUUCACACUGCACUGCACAGCAACAAGAAAACAUCUGGAGGAAAAGCUGCUUGUUGUUCCGACAAAGAAGCUCCCACUUGUUCCUGGGGUUGAUCUCAGAAAGGAAGGGGACAAUUUGCUUCUCUCUCCUCAUUUUUGAUUGGAUAUGGCACAGGGAACUUUACUAUCUGGCAUAUGAGCAUAUUUCAGAGUAAGCAGUAUUUCUGCUGAAGAUGUCCACUAUGUUCCUAUUGGCACCUUGCCUUGCAAUCUCCUUUGUUUUGCCAAUUAUGCCAAGCAAUGGAAGCCAAGAGUUCCAAGCAAACAUAACUGAACUUAAUCCACCGACCAACAUCACAGUUACAAAUAGACAGCUCGGAGAGCUGACAUUUACUUGGAAUGACAACCUCAGUGAAGGCAUAAAGAAUCAGAGCAAAGUUAGAUAUCGAUUCGAGUUUAAGUACUCUGAUCUUGAUUCUUGGCAAGAAGAUUCCAGGCUUCUGUCCCCAGAAUAUGUGAAAACAUUUGAAUUACACAGGGGUGUUUCUGUACGAAUUCAAAAUGUGCUUCUGGAUAACCACCAAAAUCAAAAAAUGAAAAGUGACUGGACUGUAAAGGAUAUCCAAUCACCACCAGACGAUCCAGAAACAUUGAUUUCCAACUUCUCAUGUAUUGUGUAUAAUCAUUCAUCCAUGAAUUGCACAUGGCGAAAAGGCAGGAAAGCACCAACUGACACCCAAUAUACAAUGUAUUACAGACAGGAAGAGACCACCAGGAAGUGUACUCAUUAUUUUACAGAUGUGCAUGGGAGACAGGGCUGUCAUGUUGAUCAAGGCAGAGUUUAUGUCGAGGAGAAUAUUCUAAUAUGUAUCAAUGGAUCAAGUGAUUCCAGCACAAUUCCAUCGUAUUAUACAGAAUUUGACCCAUGGGAUUAUGAGAUGUACAACCCACCAGUAAAUCUUACGGUUUUACCAAACCUGACUGUGAAAUGGGACAAGCCUUCAGGUUAUGAUGUUAACCCCGAGUGUUUUCAGUUUCAGCUGAAAGUCACAGACAUGGAUGAGGGUAGGACUGAGUUUUCAACUACCACUGAUGAAUCAAAGUAUGUUCUUGUAAACAUCAACCCAACAAAACGUUACUCAGUGAAAGUAAGGAUGAAAUUAAAACAUUGCCAAGGGAAUAAGAUCUGGAGUGACUGGAGCAAUGAGGGUUUUAUAGGACCUAUCCAUUUGUUUAAUGUGCAUCAGAUGCUACUUAUAGUGGCCAUGUUUACAAUGGCAGCAGGGCUUCUUCUACUGUUUGCAUUCAGAAGGUGCAAAGUGUUGGAAACUGUAUUCAAACCAAUCCCCGAUCCUCAAAAGAAGUUCAAAACAUUGUUUGAGGAAUACAACGGUGAUUUCCAGAAUUGGAUCAACUAUCAGAUACCAAUCUCAAAAGCUGACGAGUGCCAUCCAGUUGUCAUUGAAGAAAACCCCAAGGCUGAAGCAUGAAUGAAGAAAAUUUCAUCAC